ACAGAUGCACUUUCGGGAAAAAUUUACUCAGUGUUUUUAUUAUUGAUUUACCUCAUUUUCCGUAAAAAUUAAAAUUUUCAAAAUGAAUGCGGCUAUAAACAUUGGUGUAGAAGAUAUGACUGCGACUAUAGUACGAUACGGAUUAUAUGUGGGUGCUCUAUUCCAAAUCGUAUGCUUGGCUGCUUGUAUUUUUUUACCCGAUACUUCAGACGACAACUGUUGGCUUUCUCGAGGGGACAGUGACGACGAAAGCUCUGAGCAAAGUACUCCCCAAAAUACGCCUCGUAGACCUUACCACAGAACUCGUAAACAAGAAAAAAAGAAGAGGCGUUAAACGGUUCCAACUUCAUUAAUUUUAUAUUAUAUUUAUUUAAAUUAAACAAUAAACUGUCAACAGGCAAUUAGUGAAUUAGAAUCUUAAUAGUAUUUACAAAAUGUUGCAUAAAUACACUAAAAAAAUAUUCAUUUUUUAUCUACAGUAAAGCAAACAGGAGU